AUGCCCGGUGAAGAAAGAGAUGAACUGCCUCUUCCUGACGUGAGAAUAAGGCUCGCACAAUGGGAGCAACGAAGCAACCCCAACAUAGGAACCCCGAGUGCAAGUGAUCACAGGCAGAAAGUGGGCAUACAAAAACCCAUACAUGGGUUUCUAAGGUGGUCGAAUAAUGUGAAAGGUUAUACUGUGAAUCGAGCAAAAACGGGUGCUCAAUCAAUGCUCGACAAAACAGGGUUUUACCAUGCUUACCUGAGAACGAAAGAGGACAUUGAUGAUGCAAAAUCAAGUCAAAGGGGCCAGGAAGGAAUUUGCAGUCGCUGCAGGAGCAUUGCUGCCACUUUUGGCGGGACGGUCCGGCGCCAAUUAAGAUGGUCUGGAGAAUGGGCAACGCCAUUAUCGAGGAUCCUCCUUCAUAGCAACUGGUGCCUUCUGUGUGGUUUAAUUCUGAAUACCAUGUGCGAUCCGGAGCUCGAUCCACUGCGACAUCCUGCCGUUGCCAACUACAUUCAACCACAUUUGAAAGAUCACACAAUGAAAACAUGGGCUGAGAGAGGUUGGGAAUUCAAUGAACUUAAUUGGCCAUUCGGGCAUGGACACCAUCGUCACGAGGGAUCGAGUCACGUUCUGAGUGCCGCGUUCGAACCUCUGGAGACUCUCUUCAUCAUGGCAUUAUAUUCUGUUGGCUACCGAAAGCUCAGGGAGAUUCUGGGUUCUGCAACAGCCAAUUUUCGAGUCGCCGAAAAUGAGAUUGGUCUACAAGAAGAGCUUCAAAGAGCACGCGCCCCGAACAAACACCCACUGAGCUGCGUCGUGAAGAUCACUCGGCCUGAGGCGCAAGACCCAAGUUUGCUGAUGGUCACUCUGUGGGGAUUCGGUCGCCAGUCUAAUGCAUCUCUCCAAGUUCUGAGCAGUUUCCCCCUCUUUCUUGCCAGUUCGAACUCACUACAUGACAGCCUCGUGCCUUCCUUCAACCGUCUUGGGAAGCUGUUGGAUCCCAGAUGGAUUGAUCCAUCAGUGGCAAAGACGUGGUUAAACAAGUGUAAAGAACGACAUGGCACGAAGUGCAGUACUCCCGGAUGGGCAUCUAGUGUAGAACGCCCAGCCUCCCUGCGUGUUCUUGAUGUCAAACACCUCUACAUCAAGGUUCCGAGCAGUCUAAGAACAUGCGAAUAUGUGGCACUUUCAUAUGUCUGGGGGGAAACGGACAUGCUGGUACUGAACGAAGCGAAUUACGAAAUACUGACGAAGAAGGACGGCCUUCAAAAAUACUGGAAUCACCUGCCACGAACCAUUGUUGAUGCCAUUCAGGUCGUGCGUGACAUGGGGGAAAGGUAUCUGUGGGUAGAUACACUUUGUAUCAUCCAGGACAGUCCGGACAAACACGAACACAUCAAGAAUAUGGAUCGAAUAUACAGCAGUGCAUUGGCAACCUUGGUUGCAGCGGACGGGGAAACUGCAAAUCAUGGACUAAUCGGCGUACGAACCCCUGAUGAGUCCCAUGAAGGGCAACCACGCGACCUUUCCCAGCGCUGGGCAAAGAUCAACAAUGAACUCACCAUGGCUGCCCCACUGUCAACGCGGGAUUACAACAUCGAUGGAUCAAAAUGGAACUCCCGUGGUUGGACAUACCAAGAACGCCUUCUGUCGCGACGGUUGAUCAUUUUUACCCGGGGAGAAGUCAUCUGGCAUUGCCGGGAGAUGAGCUGCCGCGAGGACAUGCCAACAGACGAUCCAACCAUGGAACUGAAAUCACUCGAUUGGAUUUCGCUUAAACACCAACAACUUGGCGAACAGGCCGACUCUGUCUGGAACGAUGGAUGUAUGGAAUAUACCCGUUAUGGUGUCACCCGUCUGGUGCGCCCUUCAUCGUUUGUGGAAUAUGCGAAGGCAGUCAAGCAGUAUACUCAUCGAGACUUGUCAAAUCCAAAUGAUAUCCUCGCAGCAUUUGCAGGGUUGUCACAUAUCUUUUCGGUGUGUUUCAAAUCCCCCAUGCUAUCCGGUUUGCCAGAAGCCAUGCUUGACUUUGCAUUAUUAUGGAGGCCGACCGAGCGCUUGACAAGAAGACGAGGCUUUCCCAGUUGGUCGUGGUGUGGAUGGAUAGGCCAAGUGGCAUAUGACAAUACCUACCACAUGGAAUAUGAUUUGGACGGCAAACUGCUGCUAUUCAAGGUGGUGGAAGCUGGAGAAGAAGGAAUACGACCAUUGAUUAGAUGGUAUAUCUGGCGCGAGGAAGCCCGAAAAUUGAUCCCCGUCAACAGAAACGGUAUUGGAUUUCCAUACAGGGAUUUCAAUCACCCAGCAGAUUGGGAAAAGGGUCCAUCGUGCCUUCAUGACAAUGGAGACGUGCAACCGGCAACAGCUCCGAGCAUCCCAUUCCGCAUUCCCUUGGACAGACGCAUACGCGGCCAGUGCUUGUACUUCUGGGGAAGCAUAACUGCAAACAUUAAAAUCGGGCCACCUAUUUUGCAACAGAGUGACGCACAAUGGAAAUGCAACAAUCGGCCAAGGCGUCUUGAGUUGCAAAACCAGCAAUCACAAUUCGUUGGCAACGUGUUACUCGACGGUAUGGAAUACGACUUGGUCCAUCACAAUCGAUACGAAUUUAUUCAAAUGGCCGAAGCCAAGUAUCAUCACCUCGAUGGAGAGGAGAAUAACAUCAGAGGCUUUCCGUUGUAUCUCGUCUUGAUGGUUGAGUGGGAUGAAGUGAGGAAAGUUGCCACGCGUCUGGGGGUCGGGAGGGUGUACAAGGAAGCAUGGCGGGCCGCCCGUCCUGAACUAGAGUUCAUCCAAUUGGGGUGA